CCGGCUAUCGUAUCAAGUUCAAGUCUGAAUACUUUAACUGGAUGAUAUAAUUCCAGCUUCCAGAUAUUUGUUCCAAUUGCUCAAUAUCUGGACCAAUUAGAGCCUCAAACGGUCCAUCAAAUUCCAGUUGAAAGAAACCGUUUCACACAGCCAAAUAACAGUCACUUCUCUAGUUGAAGCCUUAGUGUCGAAAAACUCUCAAUUCAUUAUUUACAACUUGCCAAAUAAUCUUUCAAAAAUUUGAUAAAAUUGUGGAAAUAAUAAAAAUAAUGGAAAUUUCCUAUUCUAAAAUUGUGGAUGAUGUGGAUGAGGAAGUGUCGCCGAAAGAGAACUUGGACGACUCGGUGUUUUUCUGCGACGAAGGAGAAAAUGAUGCUGUAAUGACAAAAGUGGAAACAUCGGUGGAACGCAGAGUGGACUCGCAGCUGUUGUCGCCCAACGCGAAACUGUUUUCCAUUUCAAAUUUGCUCUCUCGGCAAAGAACAGAAGUGUUUGAGGAAGGAGGGAUGAGCAGGCAACCCUUCUUUGAGCCCAUCUUCCAGCCAAGUCUGUCACUAGUUCCCGCCAAGAUUCCCUGCUUCGACCACCGCCUCAUCAGCGAAGAACAGAAUCUUCUGCUGAAACUCCAAAAUUUUCUGCCAUAUGCUGCCGCUGCUGCUCAACGAUUCGAGACUAACCAAACGACGCAGAAGCCGACUCAAAAUCCGAGUGUAAUUGACUUUUCACCUGCUCUGAAACGGAAAGUUCCAAACAACAGUGCCGUUAAGGCCGUAAAAGCAAUGGCGGCACCCAGCGUGGAAAAGGAAAAUGUUUUACAGCAGAAAGUGAGUCAAAAUCGCCCAAACAGUCUGAACGAAGUUGCACUCAAGCUGAAAAAGUCUUCUCAAAUGAGCUUUGACCUCAAUGAUGACUCGCCGAUGACGUCACAGAAGGUGCAGGGGGAAGGGGUGAAGAGGGAGGCUACGGGGUCGCCCGAAUGUGUCCUGGAGAGCAAAGAGUUGUGGGAGAAAUUCAGCGAGUUGGGCACUGAGAUGAUCAUCACAAAAACGGGCAGGCGCAUGUUCCCCACCAUCCGAGUGUCCUUCAGUGGGCUGGAGAGGAAGAAGAGGUAUGCGAUAGGACUGGACGUGGUCAGUGUGGACAACAAGAGGUACAGAUAUGCCUACCACAGGUCCUCCUGGCUAGUGGCCGGAAAGGCGGACCCCCCCGCACCCUACAGACUAUACACCCAUCCAGAUACUCCUGCUCUGGGUCAGGCACUGGAGUCUCAGAUCAUCUCCUUCGAGAAACUCAAACUCACCAACAACGACAUGGACGGCACAGGACAUAUUGUUCUGAACUCGAUGCACAAGUACCAGCCGCGAAUCCACCUGCUGGAGUUGAAGGAGGGCCAGAAGAUGCCACUGGGCAGUGUGGGCGAGGCUGACAGCUGUCACUCAUUUCACUUCCCGCCCACCAUCUUCACAGCUGUCACUGCAUACCAAAACCAGCUGAUUACCAAACUGAAGAUUGACUGCAAUCCAUUCGCUAAAGGGUUCCGAGACUCGUCCAGAUUGUCUGACUACGAAAGAGAUGCUGUCCAGUCGUUGUUCGAGCAGAAUAAAUCUUACGCAAUGCUGGACAUACCGACUCUUCAGAGCAUCAUUCCUGGUUUUUCUCUGCCAAGUCCGGCUGGGAAGUGUGGCAACUCAAAAUUGAGUCCACCAAUUUCAUCUGCUGCUUCACCCACCAAUCAAAUGUCUCAAAUCUUAGCCAAUGCGAACUCACCUCUAGCCGUCUCUCCGUCUAAUCAGAAACCAGCAAAUGGACUCGAAUUGCUAGUAGCUCAAGCAGCAAACUCCCAGAAAAACUACAUCCAUCAUUUGUACAAUCAGACGUCCAAAAACUGUUUAAUUAAUUUGACCCCGGCUGGAAACAAUAACAACCAGGGCGCUCAUGAGUCAUCACUGAAACUGCUCAAUUUGCUGUCACAAACUAAAUGCUAAUGGAAAUAGAGAAUAGAUUAGUUUGUAGAAUAUAUUCUGCUGCAAUUAUUUAGAAUGCAAAAUUAAAAAAUAUUUUCUUGA